CUUCUCAGGAAGAGCAAAUAACAUCUUAUCAACAAUGAAAGUGGCCUAAUGCCAAAACUGACAUUAUAAAAAGUCUCCUUCACUCUUACCUGCUCAUAAUUUCCUCCACAGCACACUUUCUAUCAAUUCAAAUCAGUGAGGUAAGAUCAUCUUCCAAAUUUUUAAAACAGACCGAUCAGAAGUGUAAUUUGGUAUUAUUUAGCUUUAUUCGCUGUAGUUUUAUGAUCUUACCGUCAUUUUUGAUCGAUUCCGUAUACUGUAGGUGGCUUCCUAACAUUGAUUUGACGGGGUUAUACAAAUUUAAUAUCAACAAAAUAGCUGAACAGAUGUCUGCUAAUGUAUGUUAUUUUGGAUUAAUUAAAUAUAGGCAGCUUCUCUCCAUUGCUGCUACAAAAUUACUGUGUAAUGAAGUCACAAUCUAGCUCAUCUUUAUUCUUUGCGUCAGGUUCUGCAUUAUAGUUCAUUAUUUAAAAGGAAAUGUAUUACUGUUAUAACUUGGAUGUGUUGUUAUUACAUGGUUUAUUUCAGUAAAUUUCUCAAAUGUGCAUGCAAAAUGUCUGCAAACACAGCUCAAACGCUGCAGCCAUGCCUCCUCCUGGUGUGUGUCUGGAAAUCAUGGAGGCUCGUCACAAGCAAGACGGCCGUGGGAGCAUCACCAGCCCUGAGAAUUUCUUCAAACAAGAUUACCAGAAGCUUAAACAGUACUGCCUGAUCAAAGGAGUGAGGUACAUCGACGACAUGUUCCCCCCUGACUCCUGCUCCAUUGGCAAAGGGUUAAUGAGCCCCUCUGACCUGGCCCGCGUGGAGUGGCUGAGACCAGCGAAAAUUGCUCCUGCGCCGUCGCUUAUUGUCGAUGGAUUCUCCAGGUUUGACUUCAAUCAAGGAAUACUCGGAAACUGCUGGUUUCUUGCGUCUAUUGGAGCUUUGACGUUCCAGAGCACGGUCUUCAGCCAAGUUGUCCCCCUUGACCAGAAGUUUGAUGAGGACUACUGUGGGAUUUUUCACUUCAGGUUCUGGAGGUUUGGAAAGUGGGUGGAUGUUGUCAUCGAUGACAAGUUGCCAACGAUCAAUGGCAGACUGAUCUUUGUUCAAUCCAAAGACCAAAAUGAGUUCUGGCCCGCUCUGCUGGAGAAAGCUUAUGCAAAGGUUUGCGGUUCCUACACCGACAUGACUGCUGGAAUUCCCUCAGAGGCUAUGAUGGACUUCACUGGUGGGGUUCACAUGUGUAUCACACUGUCGGAACCACCUCCAGACCUCUGGGGGCUGAUGUGCAGAGCUGCCAAAUCCAACACACUGAUGGGCUGUAGUACACCUCAGGGGGAGACAACUGCUAACAAUAUACUGCCAAACGGAUUGGUCGAAGGCCAUGCAUACACCGUGACAGGUCUCAAACAGGUUGUGGUUCAAGGUAAAAUUGUUUCCUUGGUGCGUUUGUGGAACCCCUGGGGCAAAGGAGAGUGGAACGGAGACUGGAGUGACCAGUCAUCCCUGUGGAACAUUAUAAGUUCUCAAGAUCGUGAAAAGUGCCUUUCAGUCGCUGAUGAUGGAGAGUUUUGGAUGGCAAUGGAAGAUUUCUGUAAGUGCUAUAUGGAUUUGAACAUCUGUGGCUUGAGUCCAGACUUCAUUGACGGAGACUCCACACAUCGCUGGAAGACCUGCACGUACGAGGGCAGAUGGGUUGCAGGAACCACUGCUGGAGGAUGCCUAAACAACAGAAACAGUUUCUGGACUAAUCCACAGUAUCAGUUCAAGGUUUCCUCUGAACAGUCAGGGAAAGAUGGCGCAAAAAACAUUCUGGUGUCUCUCAUGCAAAAGCCAGACAAGAGGAACCGACGCCUGGUGGAACACCUCCACAUUGGAUUCUCUAUAUUUCAGGUGACUGAACAAUAUAAGACGCAGGACGGGAAGUUCCCAGCUUCCUUCUUUAACACAAACACACCGGUCACCCAAAGUAAAAUCUACCUGAACGCCAGGGAGGUGAUAGAGUUUCUGACGCUGAAGCCUGGUGAAUACCUGAUCGUGCCAGCAACCUUUAAUCCCAAUGAGACGGCCUCUUUCAUCCUGACCAUCCACUCCAAGGAGGAGACCCUUUGCUAUGAGAAUUCUGGACCCAAACAAGAACCAGUUAAAAAGGUCAAGCAGGUCAAGAAGGCACCGGUGGACGAAAAUAAGAAUAUGCUAUUCCGGCAAUACUCUGACACGUGUGAAGAAGUGGAUGCUGAGCGGCUCCAGAAACUUCUAAAUGAGAUCGUCCUUAAAGGAGACAUAAAAUCUGGAGGCUUCAGCAUCGAUGCCUGUCGCAGCAUGGUUGCUCUGAUGGACACAUCAAUCACAGGCAAACUGAACGUGAAGGAAUUUGUCCGUCUGUGGGACAAGGUUGUCACUUACAAGGAUGUUUUCUUCCGCACCGAUGUUUCACAAACAGGAACGCUGUCACUGAGUGAGCUAAGGAAUGCGUUCACAGCAAUAGGUAUGAAGGUGAAUGAUGACAUGCUCAAUCUGAUGGCUCUGCGCUACGGCGCCUCAGCUGGACACAUGACACUGGAGAGCUUCAUCAGUCUCAUGAUUCGCUUUGACUGCAUGCAGAAGAUCUUCAAACAGCUGUCUAAUGGAAAAGGCAUGAAUCUUCAAGAGUCAGAGUGGAUGUACAUUUCAAUGUACACUUAAUCCAGCAAGGAAGAUGGAUUUACACUUCAUCUGAAAACACAGGAGAAGCCAUUUCUAAAGAAUUUGUUAUUUAUCAGCUUUCAUUAUUGAUAGAAACUUAAUUUUUCGAAAAAUAUGCAUAUAAUUUUCAUAGCUUUGCCUGUACUGUGGAUUGUAGUGAAUAUAUAAAACAGCUAAAACAGAAGCAACUAGACUUGUUUCCUGUUUUGUUUUAGAGAUGUCAUGACCUAGAUGACUGAAUACUUCAAGGCAUGUUGCAAUAUGAAUGAACGUGAAAAUAUAACAGAACUAGUCUUGGAUAUUACAUUGAUGUUAGACUGGAGAGCGGACCUUGUUGCAUUUUAUUACUAAUGACAUGAACGACUAAGAGAAUGUUUUUACAUAUAGUGAGAAAUUUGAUUCAGAGAGAGCAUCUUUGUCAUUGGUCGUCUUCUUUCUCACAGUACUACUGCUAGCCUACUUAAAUACAAUCCAUCCAAUGCUGUAACAUAAAGCCUGAACCUUAGUAGAUUUAUGUCUUGCUGCAUGAGAAGACUUAUUGUAUGUAAUAGGCUGCAUUAUUAGUAGAAUUUGAAUGUAAACAUCUUAUUACUUAUUAUUUCAAACUCCUUUUGACUACAAAUGUCUUGUACACCAUUCUAUGCAAUCUUAUAAAUAAAAUUUAAUAAAAACAUUGAGAAUUUGUAUAUCUUUCAUUUUCUCUCAGGUCUUUACACCAUCUCUUUGCUCUAACACUCAACAGAAUAACUACGAGACUGGAUCUUCACACAUGCUGUUGUGCAGGAAUUCAGUUCUGUUCAC